AUGGCUCCAUCACUCGAAGAACUUUCAAAUGCUCAACCGAUCACUCAAAAGAUGGUUGAUUUUAUCAAUGAAUCCAAAUCACCUUAUCAUGCCGUCGGAUCAAUUAAAAAAAGAUUGUUAGAUAGUGGAUAUGAACAACUCUUUGAAAGAGAAGCAAAUUGGGAACAAAAAAUUAAGCCUUGUGGAAAGUAUUUCUUCACCAGAAAUCACUCAACAAUUGUUGCAUUUGCUGUUGGUGGAAAAUUUGCUGCUGGAACAUCAGGAUUGAAAAUUAUUGGAGCCCACACUGACAGUCCUCAUCUUGUCAUUAAACCAAUUUCAUCACAAAAGAGUUCUGGUUAUCUUCAAGUUGGUGUACAAACUUAUGGUGGAGGUUUGUGGUAUACUUGGUUCGAUAGAGAUUUGACAGUUGCUGGUAGAGUUAUUCUUUCUGAUGGACAAGGAAAAUUCAAGCAACAUCUUGUCGAAGUUAAGAGACCAAUUCUUCGUAUUCCUUCUUUAGCUAUUCACUUACAAAGAGAAGUUUCAACUGAUGGUUUCAAACCUAAUACUGAACUCCAUUUACUUCCAAUUAUUGGUACUGAAUUGGGAGAAUUGAGUGAUGAUCCAAAUACUAAGGGAUUUAUUGCUAACCAUCACUCUGUUUUAUUGAAAGCUAUUGCUGAAGAAUUGAAAUGUAAUGUUGCUGAUAUUCGUGAUUUUGACAUGUCAAUUGCUGAUGUUCAACCUGGUGUUAUUGGAGGUGUAAAUAAUGAAUUUGUUUUUGCUCCAAGAUUGGACAAUUUGGCAUCAUGCUUUGUUUCUCUUGAAGCUCUCCUUAACAGCGAGAAUACUUUGGCUACUGAAAAGGAUAUUAGAAUGAUUUGUUUAUUUGAUCAUGAAGAAGUUGGUAGUACAAGUUCUUAUGGUGCUGAUUCUAGUCUUAUUAAUGAUACCAUUAAUAGAGUUAUUCAAUGUACACAUGCCUCCUUUGAUAAGAAUGCUCCAGUUGACUCUUAUGGAGCUUGUAUUGCAAACUCAUUCAUUAUUUCAUGUGAUAUGGCUCAUGCUGUCCAUCCAAAUUAUUCUGAAAAGCAUCAAGCUAAACACAGACCACAAAUCCAUCAAGGUUUGGUUAUCAAGACUAAUGCCAAUCAAAGAUAUGCCACCAAUGGACAUACUUCAUUCUUGUUUGGAGAAUUGGCUAAACGUCACAAUAUUCCAAUUCAACAAUUUGUUGUAAGAAAUGAUAGUGCUUGUGGAUCCACAAUUGGUCCAAUUACAUCUUCCAACACUUCAAUUCGUACCAUUGAUGUUGGUAUUCCUCAACUUUCAAUGCACUCUAUCAGAGAACAAUGUGGUUGUGUUGAUAUCAAAUCAACCAUUGACCUUUUCACUGAAUACUUUAAUGAAUUUAGUGAAAUUGAUUCCACAUUGCACAUUGAUGAAUAA